AUGAGCAACAAGAGCACAAGCGACUCUGACGAGGGCUCCCACGAGACGAAAGACCUCGAAGCAGCCAAACCCACAACCGUAACCGGGCCCUCUCUCGAUGCCGAUUCCAUCAAAGACCCAGAUCUCGUCACAUGGAGCGGACCAAACGACCCAGAGAACCCCAAGAACUGGCCUAAGAGUACAAAAUGGAAGAAUACCUGGGCUAUCUCCUUUUUCGUCUUCAUCUCACCAGUCUCAUCAUCCAUGAUUGCCCCCGCCAUGCAAGAUCUCGGCAAGGCCCUUGGGAUGCACUCCAAUAUUGAAAUAUACCUAUCCAUGGCGAUCUUCCUCCUCGCCUACUCCAUUGGCCCCACCUUCUUCGGUCCAGCUUCCGAGCUCUACGGCCGUGUACGUCUGCUCCAGGUUAGCAAUGUGUGGUAUCUAGCCUGGAAUCUGGGAUGCGGUUUCUCCCAGACAAAGUCCCAACUCUUUGCUUUUCGUUUUCUUGCGGGUAUUGGUGGCAGUGCGCCGCUCGCAAUUGGAGGAGGUGCCAUUGGCGAUAUGUGGAGCGCCGAAGACCGUGGCAAGGCCAUGGGUGUCUAUACUCUCGGACCGCUUCUCGGACCCGUAAUUGGCCCCAUUGCAGGCGGCUUUAUCGCCCAGUACUCGACUUGGCGUUGGGUCUUCUGGGCAACCUCUGCCGCUGCCGUUGCGGUCCAGGUUGCCGGGUUCAUCUGGCUGCGUGAAUGUCAUCCAGCUACGCUUCUACGCAAACGAUGCGACGUCCUCAUCCAGAAGACGGGAAACACCAAGCUGCAUACCGGCGAGAAGGUAGAGACACUUGCCUGCAGGCUUCUGCAUGCCUUCGAGCGACCUGUGCUUUUAUUCACAACACAGCCCAUCGUCUUCUGCAUGGCUAUCUACAUGGCCUAUCUCUUCGGCGUAACGUACCUCAUGUUAGCGACAUUCCCGGACAUCUUCACAGAGGUCUACCACGAGAGUUCUAGCAUCGGUGGACUGAACUAUGUUUCCAUUGCCAUUGGAUCAUUUGCCGGUCUCUUCAUCAAUCUCAAGCUGGUUGACCAGAUCUACAAAACCCUCAAGGCUCGAAACAACGGUGUCGGUAAACCAGAGUACCGCAUGCCGUCAUUAGCUGUGGGUUCCUUCAUUAGCACCAUUGGUCUAUUCUGGUACGGCUGGAGUAUCGGAAAUACGCACUGGAUCAUGCCCAACAUCGGGGCGUUGCUCUUCACCGCAGGCACGAUCUCCUGUUUGCAGGGUAUGCAGACGUAUAUCGUCGACAGCUACGAGACCUACGCGGCUAGUGCUAUGGCGGCCUGCGCAAUUCUGCGCAGUUUGUGUGGGUUUGGGUUCCCGCUCUUCGCGCCGUAUAUGUACUCGUCUCUCGGCUAUGGUUGGGGUACGAGUGUUCUGGCUUUCAUCACCAUAGCUAUUGGUUGGUCGGCACCUUUUGCGUUCUAUUUCUUUGGGCCUAGGCUUCGUGCUAUUUCUCGAUAUGCCGCAGGUUAA